UCGAUGGUGGCGUUCGGGGUUUCAAUUAACAUAAACAUCACCAUGUUAACAAAACUGCAUAUUAUCAGCUUUCACAUGGAGUUACGGAAUCACAAACUAACGAGCCUUUACCCCUUCAUUUCCCCCUCCAGCCUUACCAUCAACAUCGGCGAUAAAUUCCACGCCUCAUGAUCGACACCACCGAAGAACCCAAUUUUCGCAUCUUUCUAGAUUGUAUCUCUACACCCUUAAUCGAACAAUGUACAUCUACCUCGGAGCCAAAUACAUCGAAACGGAAAACGAGGAAAGCUAAAGCGGGGAGGAAAACAGCGAUCAAACCUCUAUCGAAAGAGAUCGAUGUAGAAGAAACCAAAAUCAACGAUGCAGCGGAGCUGGCGGAGUUUAUCGAAUACAUCGCUCUAGAAAUAUUCACACAUCUCCCAUCCGAUCUCCGAACCUUAUCAUACACAAGCUACACCCACGAUCCCUCUCUCCAAAGGAAAUAUCCCUCUCUCCACCCCCUCGAUUUCGAAACCUCAACUCUCCUCACCGAUUCUCUCCCCCCUAGCAUCUCCGAUUCACUGCAUACCUACUCCCUGCUUCCCCCCUGUAUAUCUCUCUCCUCAUUUCUGCACACACCCCUCUCCACCUACUUCUCGCAUCUCCUUUCUCCGCCCCCAACACCCCAAGCCCUCCGCGCCGUUACCACCGCCUGCGAGCUCUGCGACCGCGAUUGGAUCCCUCUCACCUACCACCAUCUCAUUCCCAAAUUCGUGCAUGCUAAAGUCUUAAAACGCGGUUGGCAUACAGAGGAAGAAUUAAACAAUGUAGCGUGGUUUUGCAGAGCGUGUCAUAGUUUUGUGCAUCGCGUUGCGGGGCAUGAGGAGUUGGCUAAGGAGUAUUAUACGGUGGAGUUACUGGGGGAGAGGGAGGAUGUGCAGAAGUUUGUGGAUUGGGUGGGCAGGGUGAGAUGGAAGAGUAGAUGAAGAAUUUCCGGGUUGGUGAUGGAUGAAGAUAUGCGGACGAAGAAAAGAAAGACGAGAAUUAUGCUACGGAGGUCAAUAAGUAGUAGAUAUGCAUGUAUUCAGCUGUGUAUGACCAUAGGCUGAGAAGACGGAAGCUAUACUCGCGUCCUUUGAAACCACAAUUUCUCGGGCCCAAAGUCACGGAAAACAGUUAUUAGUUUCUGGUAGUCGCGCAUCGAAUUCCUGUAGUGCGCCAACUGUCUUCCUCGCACGUCUGC